AUGGGCAAGUUUCACGCCCGGUUGUACAAGACCGACCGAGCGCGGGACUUUGAUCAUGAGCAAGAUCGAUAUGUGCGCAUGCGACAGAUUUACGAAACUAUUGACCGACAGGGAUUCCAAUGGAUUGUCGUUCUUGUUGCUGGUCUUGGGUUCUUCCUCGAUGGUUACACACUCUUCGCCAGUAAUAUGGCCCUCCCUAUGAUCUCUUACGUUUACUGGAGAAACGAUAUUUCUUCAUUACGCCUGACCUGCAUCAACAUCGCAACACUUGCAGGAACCUUGCUGGGCCAAGUCGCAUUUGGAUUCUUAGCGGACAAAAACGGACGAAAGAAGAUGUAUGGUGUCGAAUUGGUGCUUUUGAUUACAGCCACGCUGGGUGUGGUAAUGUCCUCGACGGGCGUGGAUGGUAGCAUGAAUGUCUUUGGGUGGCUUAUCUGGUGGAGAAUCUGUGUCGGGAUUGGAGUUGGUGCAGAUUAUCCAUUAAGUGCGGUGAUUACAUCUGAGUUUGCCCCCACCAAACACCGCGCCCGCAUGAUGGCCAGUGUGUUCUUCAUGCAACCACUCGGUCAAAUAGCGGGUAACAUCGUGUCAGUCGUUGUAAUCGCAAUAGCCCGGGGAAACAGUACCCCCGACGAAGACCUUUCUCGAACCGUCGAUAUCAUGUGGCGCUGGGUUCUUGGCAUAGGAGUCGUCCCCGGCGCAAUCGCUACUCUCUUCCGUUUCGCUAUCCCAGAAAGUCCUCGUUAUCUAGUGGAUAUUGAGGACGACCCUGUCACUGCAGAAUUCGAUGCAAGCACGCUCUUCAGCGAGAGCCAUGGAAUGGUGAAUUCAUCAAGUUGGGGUAACAGCACUAUAUGCAGUGCGGGAAGCGGUAUCCAGUUGCCUCCAAUCUCCUCUAUUGCGAGUACUAGUUCAAUUUUCGAUGAUGACGAAGAGCUCACCCGUCUGCCACCAGCGACACUGAACUCGCACUGGCGCCUGGCGCGCACCGAUAUUGUUCGAUAUUUCUGGACAGAAGGCAACUGGCGGAGUCUGGCGGGUUGCUCUCUCGCAUGGCUUUUGCUCGACUUUGGCUUUUACGGAAUUGGCCUUUCGAGUCCCCAGUUCUUGGCUAAAACAUGGGGUUCCCUCCAUAUAUCUUCCGCAGCGCCAAGCUGGAUGACCGACGAUCGCCCAAAUGCCAACAUCUUCCAGAUGUUCAUGGAUACUUCUGUGCACGGAUUGGUUAUCCUUAACAUUGGCAGCUUUGUUGGCGGACUUCUGCUCAUUAUCUUUGCCCAUAAACUGGAUCGUGUGGCACUUCAGAAAUACAUGUUCCUGGCACUUGCCGCUCUCUUCAUCGCCUUGGGAACCAUGUUCAUUUGUCUCUAUUCUGGCCCUCCGGCCGUGGUGGCGUUAUACAUCAUUGGCCAAAUUCUGUUCAACUUUGGUCCCAAUGCCACGACGUACAUGAUUCCAGCCGAAAUAUUCCCAACUCGCUACCGCGCCACUUGUCACGGCAUCAGCGCUGGUUGUGGUAAACUGGGCUCUAUUCUUGUUCAGAUCUUCUCAACAUACUAUCACUUUGGUGCUGGGCCGGGCAACGAAUCAACCCGCAAACACGGCAUUGUACUCAUUGUCUUCAGUGCCUGCAUGGUUCUCGGUGCAGCAGUCACACACUUCUGGAUCCCGCCAAUUCAACAAAAGCGUAAUGGCCGAAGCAAAAUUUGGGGCGGUAAACCUGAGACGCUCGAGAGCAUGGCUCUUGGGCGAAUGGGACGCAAAAGUCGGGAUGCCGAUAUUCGGAAACGAACAUCACGGCACCGGGCGCUUUCCAUGAGUGCUUAA